CGCGUGUGUCCACUUCAGUGGGGGAGUGCGCGUUCACGUUGAUUGCGCGCUCUCGCUGCAAGCAGGCAAACAGCGGCGGACAACGACUGGAGCACCGCAUGCAGCGAAUGUAGACACCGGAGCACCCGGACCUUUCUCUCAGCCCAUCGUUGCGAGGACCUGCUUGAAGAAGCCAGAAUGCAGGAGACCUUGAAGAUAGAGAAAAAUCACUCAGAGGAGGAGGAGAUGGAUAUCGCGACUUUGUGUGUUUUGUUGAGGUGUUGCUGGAGGCGAGGGUGAGCAGACAAAAGAGGGACUGACAACCCAGAAGAGCUGUUCUCUCUCCCUCGCUGUCACCAUGGAAUAAACCAGGAGGUGGAGAAUGCUGCAAGAUGCUCUGCAAGCAAGGAGCAAGCGACGGCUCUCUCUGAAGGCUGAAAGUAAAUAGUGGCGAACAAGAGGCGGCUUCUUUCGCGCUGCUUUGUCUUGGUGCGCCAAUCAGUGGGGCCUCCAUUUUCCUCCAUAAUGUGCCUCUUAUUAAGAGGUGGGAUUCUUCUUUUUAAAUCCCCACUGAGAGUGGACUUCGUUGCCUCCAAUGCAAAGAAGCCUUAAACCAAUUAUCAGCGACGCUCAAGGCGAUAGUUGGUAGUCUGGCCUCUCUGCUGCAUAACAAUGCCGGAAUCAUUUGAAAAAGAAUGUAUGAGAGACUACAAGACUGCAUCGAUGUCCUGCAGGCAAACUGUCUGUUUUCCCCGUUUCCCCAUCCCGCUCUUCCUGCUCUUCUUAUUCCCGGCUCCUCCGGCUGGGACCAUACACAUGGAGGCCAUCGAGAGCCACAGCGAGUUCAGCUGCGAGCCCAUCCGACUGCGAAUGUGCCAGGAUCUGCCUUACAACACCACCUUUAUGCCCAACCUCCUGAACCACUACGACCAGCAGACAGCCGCGCUCGCCAUGGAGCCCUUCCAUCCCGUCGUAAACCUGGUAUGCAGCCCUGAUCUGAGGAUGUUCCUGUGUGCCCUCUACGCCCCGGUCUGCGUCGUGUACGGACAGGUGUCCCUGCCGUGCCGCGCCCUCUGCCAGCGGGCCAAGGAAGACUGUCACAGACUGAUGGAAAUAUUUGGACUCACCUGGCCAGAUGGCAUGGAGUGCAGCAGGUUUCCAGACUGCGACGAGCCGUACCCUCGCCGAGAGGACCUGCGGAAAGGCUCCGAGCCCACCGACCGAUCAUCCCUGACCGUCCAGAGAGACUACGGCUUCUGGUGCCCCAGGGAGCUAAAAAUAGAACCAGAGCUGGGUUACUCAUUCAUGGGCAGGAAAGACUGCUCUGCUCCCUGUCCUUCCAUGUACUUCAGCCAACAGGAAGUGACCUUCACGCGAUAUUUCAUCGGGGUCACCUCCAUUGUCUGUCUGUCCGCAACGUUGUUUACCUUCCUUACCUUCCUCAUUGACGUCACCAGGUUCCGAUACCCGGAGCGACCCAUCAUCUUCUAUGCUGUGUGUUACGUCAUGGUGUCGCUGGUGUUCUUCCUGGGCUUCUUGUUGGAGGACACUGUAGCGUGCAACACAGUCAACCACAUGACGUUUAAAACCUCAACUAUAACGCAGGGCUCACACAAUAAGGCGUGCACCUUGUUUUUCAUGAUCCUCUACUUCUUCACCAUGGCUGGCAGCAUGUGGUGGGUCAUCCUAACAAUCACGUGGUUCCUGGCAGCCGUGCCUAAAUGGGGCAGCGAAGCCAUCGAAAAGAAAGCCCUCCUCUUCCACGCCGUGGCCUGGGGGCUUCCGGGGGCCCUCACCGUCGCCCUUUUGGCCCUGAACAAAAUCGAAGGCGAUGGCAUCAGCGGAGUGUGUUUCAUUGGGCUCUAUGACAUAGACGCCCUGCGGUGGUUUGUUCUGGCCCCGCUCUGCCUCAACGUGGCGGUAGGCGUUUCUCUUCUCUUAGUGGGCAUCGUGGCUCUGAACCGCGUGCGCAUGGAGAUCCCCCUGGAGAAAGAGAACCAGACCAAACUUGUCAAGUUCAUGAUCCGAAUGGGGGUUUUCUCCGUGCUCUACCUCGUGCCUUUGCUGACCGUGAUCGGCUGCUACGUGUACGAGCACACCUACCGCAGCGUGUGGGAGACCACCUGGAUGGAGGAAAACUGCCGCCGCUAUCACAUCCCUUGCCCAUACAAAGUGGAGCAGACCAGUCAACCGUCCAUGGCCUUGUUCCUGGUGAAAUACUUGAUGAUGUUGGUGGUGGGAAUCCCCUCUGCUUUCUGGGUGGCCAGCAAGAAGACCUGCUUUGAGUGGGCCAGCUUCCUGCACGGACGCAGGCGCAAAGACAGCGGCGUGAAUGAAUCUCGUCAGGUGCUCCAAGAGCAGCCCGACUUGGCCCAGUCACUGCUGCGUGAACCCAACACCCCCAUCAUCAGGAAGUCCAGAGGAACGUCCACUCAGGGUACUUCCACUCACGCCUCCUCCACUCACCUGGCUGUCCUGGAUGACCUGGACGAGCCCAUCGGAAGCCAGCCUGACCAGCCCGCCUCCACCAGGAGCAAACCCAGCAGCGUCCACAGCAAAGUCAGCUACCACGGCAGCCUGCGGCGAGCUCGCGAUGACAGUCAUAUCAGGAGCGACGCGGUCAUUUACAGAGGCGUGGAGCAGCGCAGUUUCCACGGCAGCACGCCGCGCCUCGACCACCCGCUGUCUACGCACGGCAGCCAGAGGGACGUGACCGAGGCCCCGCCACCUCUCAUCACGCACGGAUCCACGGCGAGCGAGGGCCGCGUCGCCGACAAUGACGGCACCAGCGCCUAAAAAGGUAGUGUCACAAGUGUAAAGAAGAACAUAUUGAACGCGUGUUACACAUCAAGACUGGACUUCAUUUUAAGCAAACACACGCACACGCGUUCUUACUGUUAACAAUCCUAAAUAGGUUGUCCACUAACUUCUUAAUUACAUUAAAAAUAAGAAAGUCUCAUGCCAGACUGAACUUUAUUGCUGGCAAACUUCAUUUGUACAAGGACCUAAUGUGAACAUGUGGACCUCUUUUGUGCGUUACGUCAACUAUUUUUAUACUGUGAACUGUUUGUGCGUGCGUGUCUGGGUAUGUGUGUGCGUGUGGAUGUGAGACAAGAUUUAAACUGUUGAGUUGUAUAGAACAGGCUGGCUGGUUUUUGCACUGAGGCAUCCGCUUUUCAAGCAUUACAGGUGCAUCUAAAUUAGAGAUGUCCCGAUGACUUUUUUUUUCCAUUAACUUGAUUUUGAGUUUGCAUCAGCUUGAUUAUGAGCAUUUGCCAAUACCGAGUCCCAAUCCGAUACCUCGGUAAUGCGUUAGGGGGGGGGGGGGGAUGAGCACGUCCAAAUUGUCUUAAUUGUCUGCGUUUUUCUGUUU